GUGGAUGAGCCCGGCCCGGCCCGCGCAGCCCCGGGCGGCAGUGCAGGCAGCGCAGCCCGGCGGGGCGGCGGCGGUCCCCGCCGGCCUGAGGGAGUGCGGGCAGCCUCGGCGGGCCGAGGUCGCGGGGCGCUCGGCGGGCACCAGCCAUGGGGUGUAGUGAGGUGAGGGCACUGCUCUGGAGAGUCGGCCUCUUCCUCCCCCUGCUGACAGCGCGCCCCGCCGCCGCCGGGCACGUCGCCAGCAACCACGUUGUGUUACUUGAUACUACAACUGCCCUUGGAGAACUAGGAUGGAAAACAUUUCCCUUAAAUGGGUGGGAUGCCAUAACUGAAAUGGAUGAACACAACCGUCCCAUCCACACUUACCAGGUGUGCAAUGUGAUGGAACCCAACCAGAACAACUGGCUGCAAACCAACUGGGUCUCCCGCGAUGCCGCACAGAAAAUCUACGUGGAGAUGAAGUUCACCCUGAGGGACUGCAACAGCAUUCCCUGGGUGCUGGGGACCUGCAAGGAAACCUUCAAUCUCUACUACAUGGAGUCAGAUGAGCCUCAUGGAGUAAAAUUCAAGCCAAACCAGUACACCAAAAUUGAUACCAUAGCUGCUGAUGAGAGCUUUACCCAGAUGGACUUGGGCGACCGCAUCCUCAAGCUCAACACGGAAGUUCGUGAAGUUGGGCCGAUCAACAAGAAGGGAUUUUAUCUUGCUUUCCAGGACAUUGGAGCAUGUAUUGCUUUGGUGUCAGUCCGUGUCUAUUACAAGAAAUGCCCUUUCACGGUCCGUAAUUUGGCCAUGUUUCCCGACACCAUUCCAAGGGUGGAUUCUUCCUCGCUGGUAGAAGUACGGGGCUCCUGUGUGAAGAGCGCUGAGGAACGGGACACUCCAAAAUUGUAUUGUGGGGCGGAUGGAGAUUGGCUGGUGCCUCUGGGACGAUGCAUCUGCAGUGUGGGCUAUGAAGAGCUGGAGGGUUCCUGUCAUGCUUGCAGGCCUGGAUUCUAUAAAGCAUUUGCUGGAAAUGUGAAGUGCUCCAAGUGCCCUCCACACAGUUUGACUCACAUAGAAGCAACUUCUGUCUGUCAGUGUGAGAAAGGUUAUUUCAGAGCUGAGAAGGACCCACCAACUAUGGCAUGUACCCGGCCACCUUCUGCUCCAAGGAAUGUGGUUUUUAACAUCAACGAGACAGCUCUGAUGCUGGAGUGGAGCCCCCCGAGUGACACGGGCGGGAGGAAGGACCUCACCUACAGCGUGGUGUGCAAGAAGUGCGGCUCAGACGCCAGCCAGUGUGAGAUCUGCGGCGGCGGCAUCCGCUUCAUCCCCCGGCACACGGGGCUCACCAACUCCUCCGUGACCGUGCUUGACUUCGUGUCUCAUGUCAACUACACCUUCGAGAUCGAGGCCACCAAUGGUGUCUCGGAGCUCAGCUUCUCCCCCAAGCAGUUCACAGCCAUCACGGUCACCACAGACCAAGACGCACCCACCUUGAUAGGUAUGGUAAGGAAGGACUGGGCUUCCCAAAACAGCAUUGCCCUCUCCUGGCAAGAGCCGGACUUUCCCCAUGGAGCAAUUCUGGACUACGAGAUCAAGUACUAUGAGAAAGUCUACCCACGGAUAGCGCCGGCAUUUUGGCACUACCUGCGGGUAGAAGAGCAUGAGCAGCUCAGCUAUUCCUCCACAAGGUCCAAGGCUCCAAGUGUUAUCAUCACAGGUCUCAAGCCAGCCACCAAGUAUAUAUUUCAUAUCAGAGUCAGGACGGCAGCAGGAUACAGCGGCUAUAGCCAGAAGUUUGAAUUUGAAACUGGAGAUGAAACUUCUGAUAUGGCUGCAGAGCAGGGACAGAUCCUUGUAAUUGCCACUGCUGCUGUGGGGGGAUUUACUCUGCUGGUCAUCCUCACUUUGUUCUUCCUCAUCACUGGCAGAUGCCAGUGGUACAUAAAGGCCAAAAUGAAAUCUGAGGAGAAAAGAAGGGCUCAUUUGCAAAAUGGACACUUACAUUUCCCAGGACUCAAAACAUACAUAGAUCCAGACACGUAUGAAGACCCAUCUCUUGCUGUCCAUGAAUUUGCCAAGGAGAUUGAUCCUUCAAGAAUUCGUAUUGAAAGAGUCAUUGGGGCAGGGGAGUUUGGAGAAGUUUGCAGUGGACGUCUGAAGACACCAGGAAAAAGAGAGAUCCCUGUUGCCAUUAAAACUCUAAAGGGUGGCUAUAUGGACAGACAGAGGAGAGACUUCCUGAGGGAGGCGAGUAUUAUGGGACAAUUUGAUCACCCAAAUAUCAUUCGCCUUGAAGGAGUUGUUACAAAAAGAUCCUUUCCGACCAUUGGGGUGAAGUCUCUUUCCAGAUUCCUGAGGGCGGGAUUUUUAAAUAGCAUCCUGGCCUCACAUCCAGUGGCAGGGGGUGGAUCUUUACCCCCCAGCAUUUCCUCUGGCAGACCAGUAAUGAUUGUAGUUGAAUACAUGGAGAACGGAUCCCUUGACUCCUUCCUGCGGGUGAGGUGCCAUUUUCUGAUGACAUUUGAAUCAGAAACCAUUCUAGGUUAAGAUUUUAAAUCAUUUAUCGCAAAUUAAUUUCUACAUAAUGUUAUUCAUGGAUUUCUGGUGAAGAAUAGAAGCUUUUUCCCCAGGGUACGUUUCUGAGGUACAGUAAUACAUUAGAGCACGGCUGGAAAAAAAGAAGAUUUAAACUUCAGAAUAUAAUUGAUUUCUUCUACAAAAGUAGUUCCUGUAUUUAGCAAAAUGUAUUUCAAAUUGUUUUUGUGAAAGAAAAGAUAAAUUGAAGCAUAAAUGCCUGGCCUUAUGGAAGUGGUUCAUUUUUCUCAAUCACCUUCAAAAAUACUCUGUUAUGAUUUUUUUGGUUGGUGAAGCGUAGAAUAUACUCAGUAAUUGAUUUAUAACAUUUAUGGCUACUUGCAUUUAACAAAUUGAAUUAGAAAACAGUUCAUGGGUGAAAUGUCCUGGCAUUAAUUAACCCCCAAAGGUCCUUAGUAAACAUUAAAGGGCUACAGAAAAUGUGAUUAAUAUGCUAGCAAAAUUGUAUUUAAUUCUUUUUAAAAAUGUAAAAGGAAAGAAUGACCCCCCUCUGUGAGCUGAACUUAUCCUAAAAUAGUCUCUUUUUUAACAGAACCCCUGAAAAUGCUCCAGAGACCCAGUGACCUGAGACCCUGUGGGAAUAAUUUUAAUGUCAAGUAUCUCAGAUUUGUCUUAAAAAGUAAACACCAUCCCUCAGUAGCCCCACUGCCUUGCCCGUUCCAUCCUGCAAAAUGCUAAAUCUGGGCUUGUGGGAAGUCGGGGGCCUGUGGGUUUGGGAACUUGUUUGGAAGGAUAUCCCAAAGGAGAGACAUUCAACAGGGAGCUGUGGAAAUAUUGAUGUGAAAAUCUUGGUGAUGGUGAUUGAAGGCUCAUCUGUGGUAGCAGGAGGAAGGAAUUGC